AUGAAAAAUGUUUUUCAACUUCUUAUUCCGUUGUUUUUUCAUCUGUUUUCACUUGUUUCACUUCAAAAUAUACCCGUUUCCACAGGCACAACUCGUCCAAAGCUCAAAGUUGGUAUAGCUGCUGCUCAGAAAACUCAAAGUGCUUCAAUUGGAUGGAAUGUUUGUGGUGGUGCUGUACCACUGGCAAUUGAACGUUUGAAACAAGCUGGAUAUGUUACUAAUUUCGAUUUUGAGUAUUACGUAGAAUACACAGAGUGUGAUCUUGCCAGUACCGUUCGAACAGGAAUAAACUUUCUGAAAAACUUGGAAGUCGAUGUGAUAAUCGGGCCCCCGUGCUCAGAAGCUAUUCGAACCAUGGCCACAUUAGCAACACUUUAUAAGAAGCCAGUGCUUGGAUGGGGAUUUGUUAGUCAGGCUGACUUGUCUGACAUGACUAGAUUCCCAUAUCUAAUAACAGUAUUGCCCACAUCACAAACACUAGGAUAUGCCGCUUCAAAAUUACUAGAACUCUACAAAUGGGACAAAGUUGCACUGUUAUAUUAUAAAAGUGAAGUCAAUCAUUGUGGAGGAGUUAUGAACGACGUCGAAACUACAUUCAAUGAUCCUUCAACGUAUUCAAUUCAAAUAGUUCUUAAAGCUGAAAUUGAUGCCAGUGAUAAUGUGACAACAAACGCAGUCAUAUCCAGCGUUAAGACCAGAGCUAGAAUUAUAUUAUGGUGUGCUCAGUUGGGAUCUGAGAAACGAGACUACAUGAUAAAAAUCUCUCAGCUUGGCCUCGACACCGAUGAAUAUGUUCAUGUGCUGAUCUCAAUGAGAAGUAUUGGAUUUGGGGUUCAAACAUUUGUUGGAAAAACAACUUUCAAACUAUCUGGCUUAACUCCAGUGUGGGAAUCAUUUUCGAACGUCACUGACGGCUUGGAAAACGUGGCUAAACGAGGAGCCACUAAUGUGCUUGUGAUCGAUCUUAACAGUGAAGUAUCCGACAAAGCAUACCUUGACUAUAUGCAGAGAAACAUUCUGAAUGUAGUAAAACUUCCUCCACUAAACUGUUCUACCGUUGACUGCGUCAGUUCAACAGCAACUGGAAUGGGAGCUUAUGCUCGUCAUCUGUUUGAUGUUGUAUACUUAUACGGAAUUGCGCUGACACGUGUUAAUUCAACUGACUCAGCAGUUUAUGAUGAUAUGUCAAAGUUAAUUCCUCAAUUUGUCACCUCGUUUAAUGGAAUGACCGGAUUGGUGGCGAUCAAUCAAAAUUUAUCCAGAAUGCCAUUAUACCAACUUUAUGGAUUAGAUGAGCAAUAUGAGCAAACUUCUCUUAUGAACUUAUCGUUUGCCGACGGAACUACGGUAGCUACAAUAUCCCUCGCGUACAGCAAUGAGAGCAGUGCAGUAUGGCACUUUUGGGGAGGCAUCAGACCACUGGCGACCCCUAUUUGUGGAUUUCUGGGAAACUCUUGCCCACUUCCAUUUUGGGAACAGUAUGGUAUUCUCAUUUUCGUAGGAGCCGGAGUCUUUCUAAUAAUGAUUACCACAAACUUGAUCUGCUUUUUGUUUAUGAUCAAAAAUCGAAGAGAGGAACAGGCUCGAAUCAAUUCGGAAUGGCAGAUACCAUUUGUUAAACUUAGAGAGUUGGAGAGAAAAAGUAAAGGAACGAGUAAAAGAUCUUUACAAUCUGCUCCUUCGACAAUCACUGGAGAAAGCAAAGUUUCAACUGGAAGUGAAUUUUGUGAGAAUUAUGAAGUGAAGAUGUUCGAGAAGGAUAUGGUUUUGACAAUGAAAUUUCAAUAUAUGAACUUGAAUAAGGCGGAUAUGGAUAAAUUCGUAAAACUGAGAAAGUUGGAUCAUGAGAAUUUGAACAAAUUUAUUGGAUUAUCUAUAGACAGCUCCCAAUUUAUCUCUGUAACAAAACUGUGCUCCCGUGGAUCACUCCUAGAUAUUCUAUACAAAGGUAAUUUUUCAAUGGACUUCUUUUUCAUGUAUUGCAUAAUCAAGGAUGUAGCAGAGGGUAUGUCAUAUCUCCAUAAAAGUUUUCUACGACUACAUGGAAAUCUUCGGUCGGCAACAUGUCUCGUAAAUGACAGUUGGCAAGUGAAGUUAGCGGAAUUUGGUUUUGAUCAACUCCUUGAAGAGAUAACACCAACUAAACGUCGAUUACUUUGGGCUGCUCCGGAAGUUCUCCGUGGAUCUCUUACAGUCAGUCAGAUGGAUCCAUCUGCUGAUGUAUUUUCAUUUGCAAUCAUUGCUUCGGAGAUUCUAACUAGAAAAGAAGCAUGGGAUCUCAAAGAAAGAAAAGAAGGAUACGAUGAGAUAAUAUACAGAGUCAAGAAAGGUGGAUCAUUCCCAAUUCGUCCCGACAUCAUUACCGAUGUUCCUGACGUGAAUCCAACUUUAAUUGCUCUGGUUAAAGACUGUUGGGCAGAGGCUCCAGAAGAUCGGCCAACUGCAGAAAAUAUCUGUGAACAGCUGAGAGAUCUCAUGCCAAAAACGAAGUCCAAUCUUAUGGAUCACGUUUUCAACAUGCUGGAAGAAUAUACCUCAACUCUAGAAGUUGAAGUAGAGGAGAGAACUAAAGAAUUGACGUUGGAGAAGAAAAAGGCAGAUCUUCUAUUAAGUAGAAUGCUCCCAAAACAAGUGGCUGAAAGACUAAAAGCUGGACAAACUGUGGAACCAGAAGGAUUUGAUUCAGUUACAGUAUUUUUUUCCGAUGUUGUCAAAUUCACAAUUCUUGCUUCAAAAUGCACACCGUUUCAAGUAGUCAAUUUAUUAAACGACUUGUACAGCAAUUUUGAUACAAUAAUAGAAGAACAUGGCGUAUAUAAAGUGGAAUCAAUCGGUGAUGGAUAUCUUUGUGUAUCAGGGCUUCCGACAAGAAAUGGUUUCAAUCAUAUAAAACAAAUUGUCGAUAUGUCACUCAAGUUUAUGGAUUAUUGCAAGAACUUCAAAAUACCCCAUUUACCAAGAGAGCGUGUUGAACUACGAAUUGGGGUGAACAGUGGACCCUGUGUUGCCGGAGUUGUCGGUUUAUCAAUGCCUCGUUAUUGCCUUUUUGGAGAUACUGUGAAUACUGCAUCAAGAAUGGAGAGUAAUGGAAAACCAUCACUUAUUCAUUUAACCAGUGAUGCUCAUUUGCUUCUUAUGAAGCAUUUUCCACACCAAUACGAAACAAACUCGCGAGGAGAAGUAAUUAUAAAGGGGAAAGGAGUCAUGGAAACGUUCUGGGUACUCGGAAGAUCUGGUGAUAUUGAACCAAGCAUCAGUAACAGAUCUACUCCUCCUGUUACACAAGAAAGGUUUACAGUUCGUGCUCCAGAUACUCCAGAAGCAAGAUCCGUAAGCUCACAUGGUUCACGGCCUUCAAGUAAUCAUAAUAACAACAAUGACCCUCUCUACAGGCAGUAUAAGAUGGAUACUUUGAAAAUUUGA